UUUCUCCCAGGAAGAAACAUGGCUGCCUACUGUUCAGCGACGGUAUUUUUAUUUACGUUUCGUUUGCUUUCUGUUUUAAGACAGACAGGGGACGAAAGAGCUUGUGUCAGAAGCCAAUUUGAGUAACCUUUUAGUUCAUUAAGUUGUCAUAGUUUCGGUAUAAAGGAGGUAUUUCCUCGUGGAGACACCCACCGUUAACAGUCAGAUUUUUUUUUAAAUUUUCGCUGAGCUGUCAAGCUGCUCGUCUGCGAUUGAUUUGCCUUUGUUAGCGUGCUAAGCUAGCCCAAAACUACAUAACUGCGAUUCCAACGCGUACACAGCCGGUGCUAGUCGCGAUGUUUAGCCCCGUGAAUUCUUCUUAUUUCAGAGUCAGUCCGGCCAUUGUCAACAGAGAACUCGGCAAGACCAAGAUGAGAUAGCAAGAGGGCACGUCAGAGUGCUAACACACGUUUUACUGCGAGGCUGAAUCCCAGCAUAACUGAGAGAAAAACGGAGUAAAUACAAUAAAAAAAAACACGCACACAGCAUGUUUGGGAAUCUUUUCGAGGAAGAGGAGGAGGAGGGCUUCUCUUCAACUUCCUCCAAGGGAAGAGUAGCAAAGGGGGGAGAUGAGCCACCUCCACCCCGAGGAAGGAGCAAUCUGUGUGGCAUCAAGAACCAGGGAGGGACCUGCUACCUCAACUCUCUGCUCCAGACCCUGCUGUUCACCCCCGAGUUCAGAGAGGAGCUGUUCAGUUUGGGGGUAGAUGAAUUAGGAUGUUUGGAGGACAAAGACAAACCAGAGGCAAAAGUCAGAGUGAUCCCACUGGAGCUUCAGAGACUGUUUGCCCGUCUGUUGCUUUUGGACCAGCAGAGCGCCUCCACUGCCGACCUCACUGACAGCUUUGGCUGGAACAGCAGCGAGGGGACAAAUCAGCAUGAUGUGCAGGAACUGAACAGGAUUCUGUUCAGCGCCUUGGAGCACUCUCUUGUGGGCACCAGCGGCAGUACAUUAAUCCACCGGCUCUACCAUGGGACCAUCGUCAACAGCAUUGUCUGCAAGGAGUGUGGAAAUGUCAGCCAGAGACAGGAGGACUUCCUGGACCUGACAGUGUGUGUUUGUGGUGUAUCCAGCCUGGAAGAGGCUCUGUGGACCAUGUUUGUGGAGGAAGAGUUGUUUGAGGGCAAUAACCUGUACCGCUGUGCACAGUGUAACAGAUUGGUCACUGCUGCCAAGUCUGCCAAGCUGAAGAAGCUGCCUCCAUUCAUGACGAUGUCUUUGCUGAGAUUCAGCUUUGAUUUUGCCAAAUUUGAGCGAUACAAGGAGACGGGUCGCUACAGCUUCCCCCUCACCAUCAACUUACGACCUUUUUGUGAACAGACUGAUGGGGAGGACUCUGAUUACACCUAUGAGCUGUUCUCUGUCAUCAUCCAUAAGGGCGGUUGCUAUGGUGGCCAUUACCACGCUUACAUCAGAGAUAUUGAUGAGCUCGGCCAAUGGGAGCCACCGGAGGAGGACUGCAAACCCAAAACUCAGAAGAAAGUCAGGGAGGAGGUCAAGGAAGUGUGUGAGCCAAAACUUCAAGAAGAUGACCCUUUGUCUGUCCUCAUUGCUAUUAUUGCCCAGGAGUCGUCAAAAAGUGUCUUGUUGGACCAACUAGGCCAAAAACUCAUGGAUAGAAUUGGUUCAUCCUGGAGCAAAAAGUUCAGAAAACACUAUGGUCCCAUUGGAAAGUUCCUACAGUCCCACAAUGAAGUUUUCCUCUUGGUGUCUAAUGGUACUCGGGUGGCACUGAAGACAAACCCGCCAAGCCCAGUGACUGAGCCUUCCAGCCAGGCAGAGCAGCCCACUAACUCUGAUCCUUCAGCAGCUCCAAACCCGGGAGCUUCUGAACAGCAGCUUGGACCAAAUCAGAAGCCAGAAUCUAAACCAGAGCAGGGUAGCCACUGGUUUGACCUGAAUGACUCCACCGUGACCUCCAUCAGGGAGUCGGACAUAGAGAAGCAGUUCCAGGGCAAAGAGAGCGCCUACAUGCUGUUCUACAGGAAAACACAGCUGCACAGGCCCAGCGAAGCUCUGAAUAAUCAGCAAUAUAAGAUUCCUUCUCAACUCAUUCAGAUGGCUCAGGAGGAAAACCUCAAACUUCAGCAGAUGCGCGAGGAGUUUGAAGCUACCAAUAACACGGUGGAGCUGCGUCUGCACCUGGCACCCUCCUAUAAGUUAGAAAAUGGAGCCCUGCAACCAGUCAGCAAAGAGUCAGACGGGAGAACUGCACUGAGUUUUGACCGUAGGAAGACGGUGGGAGACCUGCGAUUAGCCAUUUAUCAGAUGCAGGAACUCUGGGAAGGAGAUAUGGCGCUGACAGUUGCCAAAAGUCUUCCAGCAGGUUUACACCUCUACAAUACUCUGACAGAUGACAGUGUAUCCCUCUACAGUGCAGGAAUCUACACAAACACUGACCUGUUUGUGUGGAAUGGCAGAGAAGUGUGUGGUGCAACUGUCCAAAUUGGAGCCGAGUGGGAGCCCGUCCUUCUCACUGUCGUUCGUCCCUUUUUGGGGGAAGAUGUAGAACAUGAAGUGGAGGAUGAGGCCGAGAGUGAGGAGAGCAAGGGAGGUUUUGAAAAUGGGGGACCGGGGCUUAAAAGGGAGGCGAGAGGGUUUGCAGGUGGCGCGACUCUCGGGGAGGUGAAGGAGGCUCUGGGGGAGCCUAAGGAGAGCCUGCUGUGUCAGGAGCAUAAGGGAGGAAAGAGAAAAGAGCAGGAGGCAGGAGAGGGAGGAGGGGCAAGUGGGUGGAGGGUGUUUCCCCCGGAUGACAUGCAGCGGACUCUGAAGGAGCUGUCGCUGAAAGAUGGAGACGCUCUGUUGGUGUUGGAGCCGCAGUCGUUUGACAGCAGCGUGUUUACGCGAAACGGAGACGUUGUCACUGUGACCACACCGUCUGACUGCCGCUGGCUCCAGGUGGAGUUCAGACCUCAUGUAAAGAGAGGGGAAGAAGUGGAGAAAGAGGACGAGAGGAAGAAAAUUAAGGUUCCAGCAACAGGAAAUAUGCUGCUGUCUGAGGUGAAACAGAGAGCUGUCGAGGAGCUGCAGCUACAGGAGCAAACCCCAGGUGCACAGUACUGUCUGAGGCAGGUCGACUGCACAGGGAAACUCCUUCCUCCGGUUUGUGAGGAGCUGAGUGUUCGGGAUGCAGGAGUACGACUCAUGACCACACUGACUCUCUGUCCGGGAAAAGGCCCCGGGGCAUCACAGCUUUUCUUGCACUUUACUGUGGGUACAGCGCCCUCUGCUGGCAUGGAGAUGGACAUAAUUGUGGAGAAGACUUGCACUGUAAAAGAGUGUCUGAAGGCAAUGCUGGAUGCUGUUGGACUUGACGGCACCUGUUGGCACUUGAGGAGGCUUGAUUGGUGUGAGGAGGUUGGAGAGCCACUUAUGGAUGAGGAUGCUUCUUUGAUAGAGCUGAAGAUCAGCAAUGGAGAGACAUUAGUCGUCACAGAAGGACAUUUGCCUCCGAAGGGUUUUCUCAAAAUGCCUGUGUGGCUGUAUGUGGAUCCAAAAAACACGGUAUCAGAUUUCAAUCACACUGACAACGGCCCUGCUGAGGAGCAGAUGCUGGAGAUUGUGACUGCUGGUGAGACACCCAGUCAGUCGCCUCCUGUUUGUGGCGGAAACACUGCAGAGCUGAGAAAUGUGGGGCAGGUGGAGAUAUCAGACGAGGCCACGCUGGAGGAUCUCAAGACUCAGGUGAUGACGCUGCCCGCUCUCCAGGAUGUGUGUUUGCCGACUACUAUGUUCAUGCGUGUGUGGCAGCUGGAGGGACGGAGGCUGGCCCGCAUCCUCAGAGGACAGCAAGUAACACUCAGGAAGUUGAAGCUGACCAGCGGUUCGGAUAUUUGCGCGCAGCAGCUUCUGAAAGAGGAAGAUCUCGGGCUGAAGGAGGUGCUGCUGAAUGUGAAGAUGGGCGUGCCGGGGGAGAGGUGUUACUACCCUCCAGAGGAGCUGGUUUGGGAUGCGUCCCAUGAUUCCUCUCCUCGCUCUCUGCGCAUCUGUCUGGCUGCACACUACGGCCUCUCUCCUGAUGCUCUGCUGCUGGCUAAACACCAGCCAGACAAGCACAUCUGGGAAGAAAUCUCCAACUGGACUCAGCAGGUUUCCAAAAAGAAGAAGAAGAAAAAGGCCGAUUCGCUACUGGGAGCACCAUUCCACUUCAAAGAUGGCGACACUAUCGGCAUCAAGAACCUUUUGAUAGACAACAACAGGGGCUUCAUCACGCUGGAGGAUGAGCAGGGCCAGCAGAGGCUCAGAGAGCAGGCAGAGCAACGCAGGAAAGGAGGGCAGGCUGCAGUCUCUGAUGUUUCUGGAUCACAGAAGAAGACUGGACAAACCAAAUCCAGGAAACCAGAGGUGGCACUCUCAAUCAAUGUUGGGGUAUUCAGAUAGCACCCGUCUUCCAUCUGUGCAUGGACAAGUCAGGACUACUUACAGCACUACAUGCACAGACACACACUGAGAUGCCACAUUGCGGUGAGGACAAUCCAACUGGAGUCAGUUUUGUGCCAUUUUUUUUUUUUCGAGUGUUGUCUGCAUCCUGUCAUUCUCCACGAAUCUGUUGAACCUAACUAAAAUCAAACCCUCAAUUCCUUCCUGAUUCUUAUUAUUCUAAACAGAAGGAAUUUUGAUUUUGGUAUUUUGAUUUGCUGUUUUGUAACCGACUGUAAUUUGCAUUGUUAUGCAGUUUAUCCACUUAUGAUCUUUAUCUAAUUGAAAUUGCUGUGUUUUUUUUAUUUUCUGAGGGGAAAACAUUAAGACACCUCCAGGAAAGCUUCUUUUGCUGCAUGGAUCAGUAGUUUUGUAAUAUUAUACUGUAAGUUGCCUAGAAAACUGUUUCUACUUUGAGUGUGGAUUUUUUAUUGUUUUUUUUGCUAUCACAGACAUUUAGUUAUCUUAAUACUUGUGCUAACUGGAGUUUCCAUGAAUUUUAAAGCAGUCAGGGUAGAAAUUUAGACUGUAGCCACCACCCAGUGGCUUUUACGUUCUGGCUUCCUUCAACAAAUUGUCCUCUACGACAAACCACCGAAGAAGGGAAUCGCCUUCGCUAAGUCCUGAUGUUCUUUAUAAGGUAACUGGUUGUGAAAUAAGUGACUCAUUUUUAUCAUAAAACUGUCAUUGUGCAGCAUGAACAGAAAUAUUUCCCUCUAUCAUCAAAGGGUGAGUUUUAGAUUAAUAAGGAGAGGGGAGACAGGCCUUAAUGUGGAGAAGCCUCAGUGCUGCUCUGUGCCCCCUACCUCACUCUCUACCUCUCUUACGCUACCUCUUAUGCCCUGGUGUUUUUUUUGUUUAACUCAUAGUUCUUUCUGUCAUUAUUUUUUUUUUCUAACCCUGAAUCUAUUACAGUAAAACACAGUUAACGUAUUGGGACAAUAAUUAUUUAAUGUAGCUUAGCUGACCCUUAUUGGGCAUUUCCCAGCCUUUAGAACUAACAAUUAAAAGGGGCCACCUACUUUUCUUUCCCCUUUAUUUGUAAUUUCGUAUUCAAAUUAAUUGUAUGGAGCAGAAUCAAUGUGUUAUAUAACUGUUUAAAGAUGCCAGAUGAAUUCGCAGUUCACUUCUGCUUCAGAAAUAUACUGUAAACCCCGAAAUUUCAUUGUGGAACAUUGAUUUUUUUUCUUUUUAGUUGCAUGCACUAUACUAUAUGUAAACUUCAGGGAAUUGGAAAAAGAUUAAAAAGUAACAGAAGAAUUAUGAAAUGUGAUGGGGUUUUGGGGAGGAAUUUAAUUUUAUUAUGAAAGAUUUUCUUAAGCUGCUGCAUACAUUAAUCUGGCCUCGAACAGUGCCAAGAAUUUGCAAACAGAAGUUUAAUCUAUUUGUCUGGAGGAGUUACAUAAAAUGUUUUGACAGUAUACUCAACAAUAGUGGAAUUUCAUUUUGUAUCAUAAAGUAUCAGUUACUAGUAUUAAUGAUUACAUCUUUGGUGUUAUUGAUAAGGACUGAUCUGCUGUAUUGUAACAGUGGACAUCUGUUUGUAUUCAUGUCAGACUGUAUUUGCACAAAGUAUUUUAUGAACAAUAAAGGUAUGCAGUAGGA